AUGGUACGCCUUGAAGAACUUCCCGACGAUUUCGACGAGAAUGUCAACCUCAAUGAGGCGCCCAGUGCGCCCUCCAUCGAGGAGCUGUACAAUCAACACAUCAAUGCGCCUGAACGGCAGGCAAUCUCGGAUAAGAGCUUUGAGGAAAUAGUGCAAGAGAUGAGCAAAACGCCUCUGUUCAUGAACAGUUUGGACGAGGCAACUGAUGAUGAUGGACAAAACACCCUAAUCGAGGCCAUCAAGGCUUUACAGUACGAGGGCACCAAAGCGGAGAUUGCCCAAGGGUUCAAAGAGCGCGGAAAUGAAAUGGUCGCCGAGAAGAAGUGGAGCGACGCCAAAGAGUUCUACUCCAAGGGCAUUGCGGUCUUGGUUGACAAGUCCGAGGACAAAUGGGACAAGCCUGCAGACAUGGAAGCUGAGAUGAAGCAACGCAAGGCCCUGGAAGAACAGCUCUAUACAAACCGAGCCUUGUGCAACUUGGAGUUGAAAAACUACCGGUCUACGAUACUGGACUGCGCCGCUGCCAUCCGCAUCAAUCCUUCCAACGUCAAAGCCCAUUACAGGUCCGCUUCCGCCUUGCUCGCGCUCGACAAGGUCCUCGAAGCUCUAGAUGUGGCUUCCCGUGGCGCAAAGAUUGAUCCAGACAAUACUCCGUUGAAGAAUCUGUUGGAGCGGAUACGGACAAGGGCCAAGGCAAAAGAAGAACAGGAUCGACGGCGGCAAGCUGAGCUCCGCAGGAAACAAGAAGAGAAGGCAGCAUUAGAAGCCGCCCUCAAGGCCCGAAAAAUAAGCGUCCGGGGCUCGAAACACCCUCCGAACUUGGAAGAUGCAGUGAUCCAUCUGUCCCCAGACCCUGCAUCACCCACGAGUACGCUCGAGUUUCCAGUGAUGUUGCUCUACCCCAUGCACAACCAGUCCGACUUCAUCAAGGCGUGGUCGGAGAAGGACACGAUCAAUCAGCAUCUCGACUAUAUCCUGCCACUGCCUUGGGACAGCAAAAACGAGUACAAACCCGACACGGUCGAAUGCUACAUGGACACAAUCAGCGGAGGGUUGGUGAAGAUCGGGAAGAAGCUGACGCUGCUGGAGGCCCUUUCCAAUGGAAAGACCGAAAUCGUCGAUGGCCUGGUGAGGAUCUACGUCGUGCCAACGUCAAUGGCAGCGCAGUGGAUCGAGGAGGUGAAGCGGAAAAAGGGCCGAUGA